CACUCCAGCACAAUGAGCUCGGACCUGCACCUCGAAGGCAUUGCUCCCCGCAUGCGGGUGCUGCCCGUCGUCUACUUUUCCAUCCUCGACUAUCAUCUGCGUCGCGAGGCGCGUUGGGAGGAGACCACUGUCAUUGAUCCCCGCACCAACCAGGAGGAGCCUCGUCGUAACUGCAAGCCCAUCAACGAUCGUGUGAUUGGCUGCCUUUUGGGUACCCGCACCGGCAACUCGGUCGAGGUGACCAACUGCUUCCCCGUUGGUCACGAGGACAAGGAGGACACAGUAGACAUCCGUCUCGACUACUUUGAGAGCCUUCGUGCUCUACAUGCCCAGGCCAACCCCAACGAGGAGAUUGUCGGCUGGUACUCGACCGGCCCCGAACUGCAGCAUGAGCGCUCCAUCUUCAUCCACCGCACGCUGUGCGAGGAUUCGAUGAACGAUGUUCACCUCUGGAUUGAUACCAGCCUUGACACCGGCAAGCUCGGCAUCUAUGCUUUCACCACGGCCAGCGAGGGUGUUCCGCGUCUUGUGGACGAGGAGCAGGAUAUCUACAUGCCUGAUCAGACUUUUGUCCCCAUUGCUUGUGACGUGCUUGUGCACGAGCCCGAGCGCGUGGCUCUUGGCCUGCUGAACAAGGGCCUCGAGGGCGGUAGCUCCGUAAAGCUGGUGUCCGACCUGAACCAUGUGGCUGAGGCCACGACCAACCUGCAGGACAAGAUUCAGGAUGCCCUGACCUACGUAGACAAGGUGUUGAAUGGUUCUGUGGAGGCUGAUGAGCGCAUCGGCCGGUACCUGCGCGAUACCGUGGCGGCCGUGCCCAAGAUUGACCCCGAUCAAUUUGAGGCCAUGUUCAACGACACCAUUCAGGAUCUGCUCAUGGUUGGCUACCUCUCAAACCUGGCCCAGACGCAGGUCGCGAUCCAGGACAAGCUCAACGAUGCUCUCGCCACCGAAAUCUAA